AACACGUGGUUGUGACGGUGAAGUUCUUGACAACAAGCUGUUGUGGUGCCGUUACAGCUGUUCAGUUAACUUGGAAUACUCAUCAUGGACAACAAACUGAUGUACCUCAUCCUCACUCUCUCUACACUGACAAAAGCAACUACUACUGACGAUCACAGACUCACUUCUCUCACACACACAACUACCACUUGGACAACACAACAUCCCCAUGCUAAGUCUCUCCAACACCGAGUUGCAGAUGAUCUGAGGCCCACCUGUCACCAGCUGCCCUGUGAGACCAGGAACACCAGCUGGACACUUGACAUCCCAGCAAUAAUAAGUCUCGCAUCACCAUACAUGUUCAACUUUACCUUAAACGAGUCUUCAUGGUGUCCAAGACUCGUGUUUCUGGACGAUAAAAACAAUGAUAAAGCUUGUGUUGACAUGAAGCUACAACGUGGUAAUAUAUUACUUCAGGCAAAGUAUAAGUGUGAUGGAUUUGUGGAUGAGUCCAAGACUGUUCCAUUUGCGAUGUGUUACACAACGAAAUGGCUGCAUUUUCAAGUGGUUCUCAGUGAUGGCUGUCUGAAGAUUAGUUCGCAGUUCUGGAAGGACGUAGCGAAGCUUCGACUGUGCGAGGUACUGGCUACUCGUGUACGAGUGUACAAUGUAAACUUCUUCGGUUACUCCUCUUUGGCUCAUUAUAAAGAUAUUAAUUUACUAACUCAUAUGCAACAGUUACUGCUGAUCAACAGCAGUGUAGUAGCCGCCUCAGUGGUCUUCAGUGUGGCUCUCUUAUUGUUCGUGCUUAGAAUUAUUAAAACACAACUAUGAGCUGAUAUUUUUUUUUUAAAUAACGUAAAAUGUAGGUCCUUUAGGCCAACAGAUGAUUCAGCACUGAACGAGUCAGCAGCUGACAGAAACAGAAGAGUUACCUGGAGUUUACCUGGAGAGAGUUUCGGGGGUCAACGCCCCCGCGGCCCGGUCUGUGACCAGGCCUCCUGGUGGAUCAGCGCCUGAUCAACCAGGCUGUUGCUGCUGGCUGCACGCAAACCAACGUACGAGCCACAGCCCGGCUGAUCAGGAACUGACUUUAGUUGCUUGUCCAGUGCCAGCUUGAAGACUGCCAGGGGUCUGUUGGUAAUCCCCCUUAUGUGUGCUGGGAGGCAGUUGAACAGUCUCGGGCCCCUGACACUUAUUGUAUUGUAUGGUCAGGAGACUUUUCUCCUGUUUCCUGAAGAACAAAACACCAUCGCCUGAUGAAGACAAAAUCGUGACUAUUUGAUCAACUCGGAGUCUUAUAAAUGUUUUCCUGUUUUUUUCGUAAUUGUAUCAAAGGUAUCUGAAUUACAUACAUCAUCAUCUUUCUAAAUUUCUAAAUAAUUACCUUCUGAAUGUAAUCGUUGCUAUGUCAACCUUUCGUAACGCAAAUUUGUUCUUAAUAAAAAAUUACCCUUGAUUUUAA